AUGUCGACGUUCUUCACCAGUUGUUAUCUAGUCAGAAUUGAGACUGACACCGGCAUCGUUGGGUGGGCUGAGGGACGGUAUUUUAUGGGGGCACCAGAUCUCCGCGACGUGCUGAAUCUGCUGAUUGCCACUUUCAUUCAUGAUCCUCUUGGGCGCGGGAUAACCGACCCGAGAACGAUGUGGAAUGAUCUUCGAUGCCUUGCCAAAAAUGUCUAUGGGAGUAGCACCAAUUCCGCCGAACUUGGAAGGAAAAGCGCGUGUAAUGAGGCGAUAAGCGCGAUUGACAUUGCACUAUGGGAUAUUUGUUGCUCGUUGCCAGAUAAAAAUCCGUGUGGACGCCCGAUAGUCUCCGGCACGCUGAACGAAUAUUCGUCAACCUCCCAGUGGCAACCAGUGGCAGCGCCCAGCCCACAGGUACAGGAGUACGUUAAAUUGGGCUUUGAUACUCUCAUGGUCAAAGCUUUUGACUCACUUGAACGACGGAAGCGUCAGAUUCGGGUGGCUCGUAUAAUGUUUGGCCUAGACGCAACCAUUGUUGUCGACCACCGCCCUUACGGCCCACUGGACAAUGAGUUACUUGAUACAAUGUUGUCUUCCAACUUUUACGUCUUUAUGCAGGGAUCUCCUAGGGAUCUACAGUCCGGAGAUGAUGGGAAGAAACUGGUUUAUGAAAUAAUUUAUGGCAAUGUGAACAUAGUCCAACCAAAUAUCAUCCAUGUGGAGGAAUUACUGCCUUUCUACGAAUUUGUCAUUUUGCUGAAGCCUAUGGAUACGACUUAUGGCUCCGCAAUUGCCCUAGUAGCUACAAUCUAUGCUUCCACUGUUGCCCCGUGUAAUUCUGGUGGAGCUGAAAGCGAGCCAAAACCAAAAGAGCUAAUGAUCUUUCUUAACCCGCAAGCCUGUGAUGCUCGGAACCACUCGCUUAUCUAG